AUGUCAAAUGCCGUUACGAUGCUGUUCUGGAAUUACGGUACCGCUUACACAGCUGCCGCUGCUGCCGCAGCAGUAUAUGGAAAUCUAGGUGUCGCUGGCCAGGUUGCUCACCGCAUCUCAAGCCCAGCCUCAGACAGCAAGCAGCGUGUUCGGACGUCUUAUAUCUCAGGACACUGUAUCAUCAGCACUGAAAUAUUUAGGUCGACAACAACGAAUCCUUAUGCUACUUAUAACACUUCUGUAGCUGCAUCGUAUGGGUACGGAACUCAAUCGACGAAUGCGGCCUCCAUGUAUGCGGCGCAAGCUGCUCAAGCUGCUCAGGCAGUGCAGGCUCAAGCUCAGGCCCAAGCGGCCCAAGUCCAGGCUCAGGUGCAAGCUACACAAGUGAGCCGCUUGUCUGCUGAUGCUGCUUACGCUGCUGCUGCUCAGGCUGCCCCAACUCAGUACUCAACGUUUGGAACCACUGGACAAAUUGCAGGUAGAAAUUGA